CUCCUCCUCCUCCUCCUCCUUCUUCGCCUCCCUCCAUCGCGUCCUGCAUAGCCCGCACCCGUUCGGCCCCUUCGUAUCCAUACCGUCACCCGCCUGGCCGACCGUCCCCGACAAUGGACCAGGCCGACAUCCCCGCGCUGCUGUCGCGCCUCGGCAGCGACGAGGACGCCGUCCGCAAAAUGGCCGUCUUCAAGUUGCAAAACUCCAUCAACGACCCCGCCUUUGCAGACGUCUUCAUAUCCUCGGGUGGCCUCGUCGUGUUGCGCCGCCUCAUCAUGAGCUCCCUCGGCAACACCCUCGCCUACACGCUCCAAAGCUUGACGCGCCUGCUCGAAGUCGACAUGGGCUGGGAGAUCUUCGAGACACCCACGGCCACCGACCUAGUCGAGCGAAUAGUCGAGCUCAUCGUCACGAACCCGCUGGUUAACAUCCUCAGGGGCGCCAUGGCCAUUCUCGUCGCGCUCGUCAGCCAUUCCCAGUCAAGCGCCACGGCAAACUCGCCCAGUUCGGUCCCUGGCACGUUCGGCUUUCGCGCGCUCCGACCUGCCAUCGCAGUGUACCCGCAAUUCUUCGACCUCGUCGUCCAGCAGCUCCACAGCGCAGACCAUGCGUUGUGCGGCAACGCCUUGAUGCUUAUCAACGCCCUCAUCCGCGAUGCACUGUCGAGCACGGUCCGCGAUGCGAAUGGCCAGGAAAAUGGGACAGGUGGCAGAGAAGACUGGGCCAAGCUGAUCAAGCGCCUGCAGGAUCUUGGCCUGAUACGGGCGGUGUAUAAGCUUAUGCAAAGCUCAUCCCUACAAGACCUUGCCGUGCCCAUGCUCGAGUUCCAAUCCCUCAGCAAGCUGCUCAUUCGGAAGUGGCGCGAAGUCAGGGUAGAUCUGGACCGACCAGAGCACCGACGGUCGCUCAAAAGCAUACACUUGGCGAGUGCGCCUGAACGCGCCGCCGUCAAUGGGACGCCCAAGGAGGAGGGCUCAGAAAUAGGCAAGAAGAAACACAACCCAGAAAAGUGGCGGAGGCUUGGGUUUGAGACGGAGAGCCCGGCGCAGGAGUUCGACACGGCGGGAUAUUUGGGCAUGAUGGACUUGACGGACUACGUGCGGCGGCACGAGGACGCCUUUCAGAAGCUGCUGCUUGAGCAGGCAACACGUCGGGCGUCGGGCCGCUGCCCAGUCGCGCGAGCCAGUCUGGCGGUGACCAUGAUUAUGUAUGAUCAUUUCGAGAUUGACAAGACCGACCUCGAGGACACCAAGGGAUACCAGGGCGCACAGAUGAAGGACCAGGACAAGCUGUUCCAGCCGCUGCUGCUGCAGUGGUCAAGACUUCACGCGGCCGGUCUCCAAGGUUUCUUGCGCCUGUGGAAGUCAACGGCUGCCGAGGUCGAGGACUUCGACAAAGUUGUUGAGUUGACGCGUAUACUGAUCGAGCAAGUCAUCGGCCAGUCCACUCGGACAAGAGACAUAAUGGAGGUGGAGGACGACAUGCACGAGUACGACAUCACUCGCCUGCGGAACCUACAACUGGAGCUGCUGGAAUUGACCUUUGAAGACACGUGGGGUGAACACCUGUACCAGGUGCGCGAGGUGCUCAAACAGGAGGCCCUACAGUUUGUCAAGGAGCAACGAGUGCGCUGUCUGUUACAGGGGUCUUGGUUCAGCAGGCAAACCCCGAAUCGAGAUGCGAAUGGCGAUGGCGGCGACAAGCCGACGACAACUUCGUGGCGUUUUGCCAAGCUGUCACACAAUCGGCGGUUCCUGCACUAUUGCGACUUUGAGCAGCAGAUGGCGCAGGACCCUGGCUUGGACAACCUGACGGAGAAAAUUGACCUGGCAAGUAUAAGCUCUGUCGUGUCCAACGUGUCGGCCCCGAACGAGGACGCCAAGAGCACCGCCAGCACAACGACGGUGCAAAAGCUGAGCAGCAACCCGAAGGCGACCACCAAGAUUACUAUCUUUCGAUAUGUCGACCCGUCGGAAGCCACCGGCGGCGGCGAAGCGAAAGAGCAGCCGAUGUUGACGCUGUGGCCGAUGAGCCACAGCCUGGCGUCAGAGUGGCUCGACGGCCUCCUCAUGUUGCUCAACCAAGCGCCGAUAACGGCCGAGACUAGUAAGCUCAUCAAUUUGGUCAGUGACUACGGCCUGAAAAUCCGACUCCUCAACGUCAGGAUGGACUCGGCAUUCGAGGGGCCGCCACCGGGGGCUGGUGUGGUACCGAGCAGGGAAGGGCUGGACGACGACUACUUCUUCGAGGUCUAAGCGAACGUCCACCGCGUUCGUCCUGUUUUCCUUUUCAUACCCAUAUAUACCCUUUGAUCUUUGUACUCAAUUACGUCGCUGGCGAGGCAUAGCGCACAUGUCGAGGCCGAGUAAUGAUGGAUGCGGGCGCGGGCGGUCUGCUGUUGAAACGAUACCUCAUGUCGAUGUGCUGAGAAGGCAGUUGGUCCGCUGGGCACCGUGUGAGGGUGUGUUAGGCCCAACUGGACGGAUCAUUAAGCGAGAUGUAUUGCCCUCGCCCCCCUGGGGAGCGUACAGGUACUACCUGUACUUCGUACUUCAAAGCCAAUUCCGAAUGUUGGCGAGGUGUGGACAAGGCCUAGAGACAAACCAAGUCACAAUAAUCAAAAAUGGCUAAGCCGACAAUCAUCAUUAUUCCCGCUGC